AGAAAAAUUCGUACGUGAAACGGUGAACGUCCAUUAGGUUACUCGUUCUCUUUUUCAGCUGAAUGCAGCAUCAGACAGCAUCGGCAUCAUACUGUGCACAUGGUGAAUCGUGUGGAGAAAACCCCUUCGUGCGACACUUGGCUCGAGGGAAAAACAUUAAUCAGAUAGUUUGUUGACAAAUGGCGAAAGACCCUCGGAGAAAGGAUCAUCUACGAGACGAGGUUCCAAAUUUUCAAGAGCAGAAUUGGUCGGUGCUCAGAGAAUCAUAUGAAACGUCCAGGGAGAUGAAAUGAGCAAAUGAGUUUCGAAGUCAAAUUCAUGAGGUGUUCCUCGUAUUGGGCUGCUCUGAUCGGCAUCUUGGACUAAAGGAUGGUGGCUGGUGCCACAGGACAUGCCCUUUUCAAACACGCACAGAUCACACAGCCGACCCAGCGGAGGGAGAUGAAAAAGCGAGACUUGCUCAGAAAAGUUUGGUGGUGGUAUCUAAUACGAAAAACUUCGUUACUCUUAAAGACAGGACCAAGGACGAAUGAUGCAAUUUGAGUGUACAACGGAGGCUCCAGCGGAUGCUAACGUCACGAAUCCAGAUGCGGCCUUGUGAAUCCGGCUCCGCCUCUGGAACUCUGUAUACGCGAAUUCUUGCGGUCUGUUGUUCGAUUACCUACUUUACCGGGACAAAUCAGAGUACUGCCCGAAGUGUACGUCCGUGCUCACUAGGAGAGAGGGUGUUGGUUAUAAAAUAUGCUGGACACGAGCAAUGUUCCCAAAUAUUGUUCCGUUCUACGCUCUACACGACCGUGCUGGUGCUGCAGUACCGGUUCGCGCACACAGUCUCGAUUCAGCUGGUUUCGGCUAGUCAUGGCGACUGACAAAGCAUGGCUUCCAAGUCGGGUAAGAAGUAAGG